GGCAUCUGGCAACACUGAUCAACAAACUUUUUCCUUCUCGUUAGGUGCUUCGCAUCAAAUCUUUUUUGGACCCCAUGCAAGUGCAAAUCGCUCCGCGGUGCGUGUAGUGCAUUCUAAAUUACCUGUGAAAAGCCGGGAAAUCCGGAGAAAGUCAUCCUAGCCGCCCGCCCAGCCCGCUCAAUGUAAAGGGAGUCGGCCGGCCAGCAAGAAACUUCCUCCAAAAAUCAAUAGCGGACGUGAUUUAACUCAAGGGUGCACGGCAAAUUGAAGGCUUUUAUGUGAUUAUUACUAUGAAAUUGGAUGAAAUUGUUGAAUGGUACCAGAAGAAAAUCGGCACUUAUGACAAGCAAGAAUGGGAAAAGACCGUCGAACAGCGGAUCUUAGAUGGCUUCAAUAACGUCAACUUAAAGAACACAAAGCUGAAAACGGAGUUAAUCGAUGUUGAUCUGGUGCGCGGUUCCACUUUUCCAAAGGCGAAGCCCAAGCAGUCUCUUCUCACUGUGAUCCGUUUGGCCAUACUACGUUAUGUGUUGCUGCCGCUUUACGCCCAGUGGUGGGUCAAGCAGACCACGCCGAAUGCCUUUGGCUUCAUCCUGGUUCUCUAUCUCACCCAGCUUCUUAACUGGGCCAUCUUCGUGUUACACACCAGUCGCCUUGUGCCGCUGGGUUACGACAACGCGUCGAACGGGUCCAUUUUUGCAGGCCGGCCAGCUAGGGAUGGUGAAGGACUAGAUGGCGACAGGACUGCGGACAAGCAGGCGGAAGAACAUGCCGACCUGCUCAGUGCUUUGCUAAUCCCGUGCGCCUUAAGCCUGCUAAUUAGUCUGAUCCACUCUCAGAUCGUGGCUACCAACACGGCGACGGGAAGCGCGAGUGGAAAUAGCAAAAGCAAGCUACGGCGCAUUUCAAUGACCAAUGUUAGCGACAAGAACUCAACCCGCGAGCACAGAGUACGUCGCCGAAAGAAGUUCUUCCGCAUUCGCCAGCCGGAAGUGGAGUUGUCGCAGCCCAGCAGUAAUACCUCCCUACCAGGCCGUCGCAACGUAGCCAGUGUAAUCGAUGUGAUCUCCCGGCCUGUCACCCCAACGCCAAUAAUUUCUUCUAUUACAACAACCUGUGCCAUAGUACCCGAUCCCAUCCUUCCUGCAACGCCACCGCCUGUCGUCAUCAAGCGAACGCCCGCAGAGGAGACCUACCUGACCACCACUGCCAUUAGCUCCCUUCCUCAGGCCGACGAAGCGGACAUUGAUCUCAACAGACAGGAAGGGGGAGCUGCUCCAGAAAGUCCAAAGAAACGAAACGUGAAUUGGCACACCCCUAUCCAGAUCUGCGCCACAUAUGAGCCCGGCGAUCAGCCUUCGUCGAGCCAUAUAAUAGUGGAUGAACCUGCGGAUCACGAGAUUGGUAAUCGAAUAGAGACACCUAAACCUGCAUAUCAGACGCGGCGCAGCAUUGGCGAGGACGACGGCUUCGAGAGCCUGAAUGGAAAGAGCUCCAGCGGCGAGGACAACAACCAUUCGCCUCUGCCCAACGCGCCUUCGGCUGUGCCACCAGUGACUACUCAAAGCAGUCAGCUUCGACUGCGAUUGAACGCUACCACUGGCGAAGAAAAGAAGGUUCCGACGCGUGGCAAUGAGUCAACCACAAGCUGUGCAGAAUCAGACGAAUGUGACGAUGCAGAUCACGCGUCCGGCACGCCCUCCACCUGCAAUCAGGAUUGCACCACCUCGGCAACCGACUGGCUGGGUGUUACCACCAACAGCGAGGACUGCAGCUACACCUCGGAUAUGGAUCACUCGGACGGAACUUUUAAGCACGCGGCGUGCAGCGAUGAGGAUCCCUGCGAGCUGGACAUCACGCCCACCACCAUACUGAAUCCCCACAGCAGCUUGGAUCGAAUUAGUUGCACCAUUUGGGACCAACGAGAUGCCAAGAAGGCGCAGCUGUCAGUGCUGGAAAUCGCUUCGUGCAUCAUUGAGCGUGUCGACUCAAUGGGGGAAACUAACGAUUACAUCUACAUAGGCGUGGUAUUCUCCUUUCUUCUCUCGCUCAUCCCAGUUUUCUGCCGGCUCUGCGAAAUGACUCUGGGAAGCGACUCGGAGAAGGCCGCUGAGAUUAGCUACUUUUACGUGCCGCAACUUUUGUGGGAAAAGUCCUUGGCUUCGCCCAGCACCCUAUUGGGCUUUGCCUUCGGUGAAGCUCGCUGGGAACGAACUGUGUUGGCCCUGGGAUUCGUGCAGCGCCUCUGCCUGACCCUUAUCCUAUUCGUUAUAUUCGCCGUUGCUGAGCGCACCUUCAAACAGCGAUUCCUCUAUGCCAAACUCUUUUCCCACCUGACAUCGUCUCGGCGAGCCCGCAAAUCAAACUUGCCACACUUCCGCCUCAAUAAGGUGCGCAACAUCAAGACCUGGCUAAGUGUUCGAUCGUAUCUAAAGAAACGAGGGCCCCAGAGGUCUGUGGAUAUCAUUGUGUCCGCCGCAUUCAUAGUCACGUUACUCCUACUGGCCUUUCUGAGUGUCGAGUGGCUAAAGGAUUCCGUACACUUGCACACCCACCUCACUCUGGAGGCUCUGAUGUGGUCGAUCACUAUCGGAAUCUAUUUGCUGCGCUUCAUGACCCUUGGGCAAAAAAUCCAGCACAAGUACCGCAGCGUUUCAGUGCUAAUCACCGAACAAAUUAAUCUAUAUCUGCAGAUCGAGCAAAAACCCAAGAAGAAAGAGGAGCUGAUGGUGUCCAAUAGCGUGCUUAAGUUGGCGGCCGAUCUGCUGAAGGAGCUCGAAACACCGUUCAAGAUCUCUGGCCUCAGCGCCAACCCAUAUCUAUUCACAACCAUCAAGGUGGUCAUUCUGUCAGCCCUUUCGGGAGUGCUUAGCGAGGUUUUGGGCUUCAAGCUGAAGCUGCACAAAAUCAAGAUCAAGUGAAUCUUGCUGGGCUCCGGACCCAACACAUUUUGUAGUACAAUUUUUCGAAACGCUUUAAGAGAAAUCUACAAUUAGACCUAUCUUUGAUUAGUUAAUGAAUAAAUUUAAGCAAGCCAAUGUUUAUUUUUGUCAAGUGAUUGUUCAGCAGUGUACACAAGCCUACUAAUGACUACGUAAAUCAAUAUUAUUAGUAUUUACCACUUACCUUCUAGAGCGACCUGCACAAUCACAGAUCAUGUUAACUAUAAUUGUGUAACGAAUCGUAUUAAAGUUCAUAGAACUUUUAGCAUAAUGAAGUGCACCCUU